AUGGUUAAACCAACUAAACACGAUACCGAAAGCAUUGCAGUACCUGAAUCGGUGAUGGAUUCCGUCAACACCACUCUCUCUAACCUUCACGAAUUACGUUCACAUUUUGAACAAUUCUUACCACUCAUGAACCCCCAAAUUCUCUCACAAAUUCCACCUCUUCAACGUGCUCACUCUCUCUUCCUCCUCUCCAAAAUCACUUCCACCCUCCUCGCAUUGAAAUUGAGGUGUACUGGAGUUCAACCUGAUAAUCACUCUGUCAAAUCGGAGCUUAAUAGAUUAGACAUUUACCAGGACAAACUUGAACGUCUGUUAGAUUUGAAUAAAGCUCCACUGCGACCGUCUACUACCUUGAAUUAUCGAGCAGCUACACGCUUCAUCGGACACUCUCUGCCUGACCUUACCCCAGAGCAAAGGCAGAAAAUGAGGAACUUGAGUAGAGGGGAGGGACAGAAGAGGAAACAUGGGGAGCGGGCUGGUCAAAAGAGGAAGUAUCAAUCCUCUGAAAGGCCAUAUGUUCAAGCUGCUGCCAAGGAGUUUCUAGAGAAAGCAACCAGGGAGCUUCUCGGCGGUAAUAAUGGGGGUAUUAAGGGGCCGCUUCGAAUUGACAACAUGUCAGAAGACGGUGAUGAUCAAGUUGACAACUUUCCUGAAGAUAAUGACGAUAAACUACUUGUGCCCUGA